UCCCCCCGUGUCCCCCCUGUCCCGGGAUGUCCCCGCUGCCCCCCACGCCGCUGUUCUGGGCGGAGCGCGGGGCAGUGCUGGUGUCCUGCGCUCUGUCCUGCGUGGGCUCGGUGCUGCUGCUCUGCUCCCAGGCGCUGUGGCCGGAGCUGCGGACGCGCCCGCGGCAGCUGCUGCUCUACCUGUCCGUGUCCGACCUGCUCUCGGCCCUCUCCUACUCCUACGGGGUGCUGCGGGACUUCCAGCGCUCCUCGUGGGACUGCGUGCUGCAGGGAGCCCUGUCCACCUUCGCCAACACCAGCUCCUUCUUCUGGACCAUGGCCAUCGCGCUCUACCUGUACCUGAGCAUCGUCAGGGGCUCGCCCACGGGCUCGGGAUUGCUCUGGGGUUUCCACGUUGUGAGCUGGGGGGUGCCCCUGGCCAUCACGGUGGCCGCCGUGGCUCUCAGGAAGAUCGGCUACGACGCCUCCAACGUGUCCGUGGGCUGGUGCUGGGUGAACCUGGACGCUGAGGAUCGGCUCCUGUGGAUGCUGCUGACAGGGAAGGUCUGGGAGAUGCUGGCCUAUGUGACCCUGCCCGUGCUCUACAUCCUCAUCAGGAAGCACAUUAACAGAGCACACGCUGCUCUCUCUGAGUACCGCCCCAUCCUGCCUGGAGCCCCUGCCCUGCAGCCCCGCUCCAGCAUUGCAGACAAGAAACUCAUCCUCAUCCCCAUCAUCUUCAUCUUCCUCCGCAUCUGGAGCACGGUGCGCUUCAUCCUGACCCUGUGCAACUCCCCCGCCGUGCAGAACCCCGUCCUGGUCGUGCUGCACGGAAUUGGGAACACGUUCCAAGGAGGAGCCAACUGCAUCCUGUUCGUGCUGUGCACACGGGUGGUGAGGGCCAGGCUGCUCUCCCUGCUCUGCUGUGGCCACUGUGCCACCCUGGGCUCCCCAGGCUCCUGGCAGCAGCCACAGCCCCACAAGGACAAGGACAAGGACAAGGAUGUGCCCAGCCCUGAGCAGAACAAGCCGCUGCUCUCCAGCACCUGAGCUGCCCUGGAUGAUGCUGAUUGCUUCUCUCAUGGUGAGGAUGGUGCCACAGUCCCACAGAGGGAGCUGCAGCCCGGGGAAAGCGGCGCUGGAGAGGCUGAGCCUGCACAGGUCCCGUUCCUCGCUCCUCAUCUGAGUCAGGAUCCUCUGGAACAGCCUGUGCUCACUUUGUGUUCAGCUGUGCUCCAGUUUAUCUCCUCUCCUUCCCCUCACCCUGCCCUGUCAACCUUAAAACUUGUUUGGGGUCUUGUUUUUGUGACGAGCCCAACACCUGGAGGGCUGUGAGCUGCACAAAGCUGUGGGGACAGGAGAGCUGCUGGAGGAAUGGGCUGUGUGAGCCUUCCCCAGGCUGUGGGGACACAAAAGCUGCUGGAGGGGCUGGGCUGUGCUGGCCAUGGCUGUGUGAGCCUUCCCCAGAGCUCCAGCCUGCUCUUCCCUCGAGCAGGACAAGAGUUUAUUUUGUGCUGGGGAUGCAUGGUGCUCUGGAGGGUUCAUCCCUCCUCCUCGGUGCUUAGGGUCAGGUUUAGGUUUGUGGUGGCAGCUUGGGGGUUCUCCUGGGGGGGAUCAGAGCCCUGCAGGCUCCCUCAGUGCUCAGGGAUUUUGGGAUGUGCCCCCAGCUCCAGCAGGGACAGCCCCUGCCAGCAGCAGGUCAGCUCUGAGCUCCUGUGUUUGUGCCUUGGGACUGAUGGAUCACGCUGGGGAGGGGAUGGGCCUUUGUGUCAUCAUGUUUUACCUUAUUACAGCUCCUCACUUGCUUGUUUUUAAAGUAUUUUCUCCAACUUUUACAAAAUAAAGUUCUGUUUCUUUACUAGGA